AUGUCGUCACCCUCGGGAGACAGUGGGCUGGACAAGCCGGCCGAUAACAGACUCUCGAGCAGCUUCAUCAAGUACAGCUAUGGCGGGCUGUCUAGAGCGCAGGCCGAGGCGCAGGAGAUGGAGAGGGAGAAGGACAAAAAGAAGAAGGAGAAGGAGAAGGAGAGAGAGCAAGGGGCUCAACAGCCAGCAGUGGCGUCCUCUGCUCCUCCUCCUCCUCCUCCUACUCUUCGUCCUGGUCUUGCAGCCCCCGCCGAUGAUUCUCCAGCGCCUGCUCCGACUCCUGCCAAAAGGAUGGUGUUCAUCGACCUGACCCUCUCCUCGGAUGACGAAGCUAGUCCGACACAGCCUGCUCCGGCGCGGUCUACUCCGGCGCAGUCUACUCUGACUCGGGGCCUGGGGAAGAGCCCCGGGAGCAAAAAGCGGAAGCAUCGCCAUCGCGACGGAGGAGAUGGCGAGGAGAGUGGGGAUAAGGACCGGGCGCAUCGCCAUCGUCAUCGUGAUCGAGAUCAUAAACAUGAUGAAGACAGCAACGACCAUAUCCGAAAGAGAAGAAAAGGAGAGAACUCCGACCAGGCCCACGAUUCACGCCCAUCAGGCCCGGAUCAUCCAGCGCCACAGCAACAGGAAGGAAAUGCCAGUAGUGAUGGUCCCACAGCAGCAGCAACAGCAGCAGCAGUGGCCGCUCUGCCCCGUCUACACCAACCCGUAGAAUAUCAAACCGGCGGCAGCAGUCUGACAUUGGCGGGUCUGGGCAUCGGUAAUCAUGUUCGGCGUAAGACGAUGCGUCAGCAGAACGAUCAGCUCUGGCUGAGAGAACAUAAACGACUGCGGGAAGCAUAUCGUCAAAGAAGGCGCCGAGCAUCAAGCCCGUCGCUCCAGGGUAAUUCCCUCCAACAUGACCGCGACGUCGUCGAGCGGGCGCAGACCCAGGAACAGGCUACGGCCACGACCACGGCCACAGCACCUAACCGGAGCUCGGAGGUGGCGCUGAGGAGGAUUGAUACCAACAGGACUAUGCUGAGUUUGCAUAGUCGGAUUCGGGAUACUGAGGGCGAGGAGGAUGAGGGCGAUUUCAAUAUCAGGAGCCACCGCAGGGCGAGAUCGCCCUCUUUUCUUGACUCUACGGUUCCUAGGUCUGUGAUACCUAAGACUGUGGUUCCCAGCGGUGUGGGCUCCAACACUAAGCCCGCAGUCCCCAGUGCGCUUCCCAAGGACAAGCAAGACGACCAUACCCGAGAUGAUGAAGAGUUUAUUCGCAAGUUACAGGCCAAGCAGCCGGAGAAAAGAACGUCCCAGAUAGUCUCUGGUUUGCCGCAGAGUCUGAAGAGAGGGGGUGAUAACAAGAAGAGUGAGGCCGGAAGGAAGACUGGGCAGGCGCUGAAGGGGCAGUCUGGCCUUGCCCAUCCUAGUCAGGCCCCGACUUUGGCUUCGACGGGUUUGAUGAGCGGUAAUAACGGGGGUAAUAUCAAUAACAGCACCAGAAACAUCGAUAACAAUACUGACAUCAACAUAAAUAUCAACAGAAAUAUCAACAGCAACACAAACAGUACAACUCCUGUGGCACCUACCUCAGGAAUCCGCAAGACCAACAAACCGCCCGCGGCCCCAAAAAUAUUUCUCCCCAAGCCCAAGCCCAAGCCCAAGCCCAAAGCUGCGGUCCCUCCCAACGCCAAAGCUCGUGGACAGGCCCUGAAUCAGCCGGCCCCUCCUGUCCCUGCUCCAGCUCCAGCCUCGGCCCUGACCCCGGCUUCUGUCUCGGCGCCUGCUCCCAUAAACAUAACAAGUCAACAGCAGCUCACCCUCCCCACGCCCGCGCAAACCCAGUCCCAAGACCAACUAACCUUCCAACAACAGCCAGCUCCCCAACAGCUGCGCGAACCUCCCCCUUCCCCCUCCCCGGAACCCAUCUCCCUCCUCGAAGCCCUCGGCCCAGACCGCACGAUAACCAAAUACAUCGUCUACCGCACCGUCCCUUUUUUUCCUCCAACCCGGUCCGAAGUCCGUGAUAUCCGUGCCAAGGCCGCCCGCGCUGCCCAAUACAACUCCCACUAUUCCUCCUCUUCCAGCAACAACACCACGUCCAAGGACAGCACAGCCAACAACAACGGUGACGAUGGUGACGACGACGAUGCACAAGACGACAAAGACCGCUACGGCUACCCACGCACAACAUACACCUCCCGCGCGGUCCGCUGCACCGAGCACCUCUCGUUGCACGAGGCGAAUACAGCUGCUGCGGCACGGUUGGAUCGGCCAAAGGCCGGAGUCGUGGGGAAGAUAUGGCGGUUGGCGCCGACCACUUCGGUUAGGAGUACUACUGCGACUGCUGCUGGUUCUGGUGGUGGUGAGACUGCCGGUGAGACUGAGGGCCAGGGCAAGGGUCAGAUGGAUGAGAAGAAGGGGGGAGAAGAGGAACAGGAACAGAAACAGAAACCGACCGCCCCCCAGCUCGGCCGCGGCCGGAUCGAAUACGCCAAUGGCAAAGUCCAGCAUAUCUGGGUGGCGCAGGAGACGUGGGAUUUUGAAGCCAACAGUGCCAAUCUCGCUGCUCUCGCUUCUCGGUCUACUAUUACCACUACUACUGCUGCUGCCAGUAACAGUGGUGGUGGUAGCCGACGAGGCCAGCAGAUACAUGCCGGCGGCGGGUUUGGCAGUGAGUGGGUGGAUAAGAAGCUGGUCGGGGUGUAUACGCGGCACCGGUUUGAUGUGUGGUCAUCGGUGGUGUGGUUUACGGGGGGCGUGUGGGCGAGUGGGAGGGAGAUGAGAGGGGGGAGUGGGCAGUGGGUUGUUGUUGAUUGUGGGGGGGAUGAGCAGGAUCAGAAGGAUGAGCAGGAUCAGAAGGAUGAGAAGGAGGAGAAGGAGGAGAAGGAGGUCCAAAAGGGAGAUGAGAUGGAUUUGGAAGAAGAUGAAGAGGACGUUGAGAUGGAUGAUGCGGGGGAUCAGGAGGAAGAUGGGAUGGAUGAGGGGGAAGACCAAGAGGAAAAUGAGACUGUGGACGGUGACGAGGACGUAAUUAUGGAGGAUGUGGAUGAAGCUAUGAUGGGAGAUGACAAGGACGAUGCGGUGGAAGAGGAGGAGGACGACACCAUGGAAGUUGAGGAAGACAAGACAACGGGAAACAAGCAGAACCAGGACGACAAAGACAAGCAGGUCAGGACGAUCAACCCCCACGGCCCCAAAACCAUCACCCACUUCGACGACGAUUCUUCCUCCGAUUCCUCCGACUCGUCCUCCUCCUCUUCCCAAGACGACGAACUCACCCACCAAAUCAGCCCCCCAACCCCAACCCCCCCACCCACAACCCCCCUCGACCACCUCCGCAUCAACACCACCCACCACGGCUCCUACACCACUCUCCUCCUGGCCAACACCGCCGCCCUCUCCACCUUCCUCGGCCUCACCCGCCCGCAAAACAGAGCCAUCGACGACAACCACUACUACCACCACAUCGUCGAGCCAGGCAUGCGCGCCAGUUUUGAGGACGCCGGCAUGGGUGCGGAGGGGUGCACUACCCCGGCCCUGAUGGAGUGGGAUCCGCCUAUGGACCGGACGCAUCGCUGGCCUUUUUCGAGGGUGUUGGUUGAGGUUGUGAGGAGUGAGUUGGUGGGACCGGUGGAUGUGGGGGAUAUGGUUGUUGAGGGGCCUGUGGGGCGGGAGGAGAAGAAAACUGAGGAGAAGAAGACCGAAGAGAAGAGGAUUGAGGAGGAGGAGGAGGAGGAGGAGGGAAAGAAGGAGGAGGAGAAAAAUGAGGUUGUAGAGGAAGAGGCCGAGGUCAGCGAGGAGGAGUAA